AUCAUGUCACUAACUGUCCAUCUCUCCUAUCUCCUGGCCCUGUUGGUGGCAGGCCUGGCCCAAGGCAUCAAGGGCUCCCUCAGGAGCCAGGACCCAGGUCCCCAGCCUCUGGAGCUGAAAGAGGUCUUCACAUUGUUCCAGAUCCGAUACAACCGGAGUUACUCACACCCAGCAGAGCAUGCUCGCCGCCUGGACAUCUUUGCCCGAAACCUGGCCAAGGCUCAGCAGCUGCAAGAGGAGGACUUGGGCACAGCUGAGUUUGGGGUGACUCCAUUCAGUGACCUCACAGAGGAGGAGUUUGGCCAGCUUUAUGGGCAUCAGAGGGUGGCUGGAGAGGCCCCAAGUGUGAGCCAAAAGGUAGGGUCUGAAGAGUGGGGGCAGUCGGUGCCCUCGACCUGUGACUGGCGGAAGAAGGCUGGCAUCAUCUCAUCCAUCAGGAACCAGCAAAACUGCAACUGUUGCUGGGCCAUGGCAGCAGCGGGCAACAUCGAGGCCCUGUGGGCCAUCAGAUACCAUCAGUCUCUGGAAGUCUCCGUGCAAGAGCUGCUCGACUGUGACCGCUGUGGGAAUGGCUGCAAGGGCGGCUUCGUCUGGGACGCGUUCAUAACUGUCCUCAACAACAGUGGCCUGGCCAGUGACAAGGACUACCCAUUCAAGGGGAACAGCAAAACCCACAGAUGCCUGGCUAAGAAGCAUAAGAAGGUGGCCUGGAUCCAGGACUUCAUCAUGCUGCAGCCCUGCGAGCAGAGCAUCGCCAGGUACUUGGCCACCCAAGGCCCCAUCACUGUGACCAUCAACAUGAAGCUACUGCAGCAAUACCAGAAGGGUGUUAUCAAGGCCACACCCACCACCUGUGACCCCCAGCUUGUGGAUCAUUCUGUCCUGCUGGUGGGUUUUGGUAAAAGCAAGUCGGUGGAGGGGAGGCAGGCAGAGGCGAUCUCAUCCCGGUCUCAUCCUCAUCCUCGCUACUCCAUCCCAUACUGGAUCCUGAAGAACUCCUGGGGGGCCAACUGGGGUGAGGAGGGCUAUUUCCGGCUGCACCGAGGGAGCAAUACCUGCGGCAUCACCAAGUACCCGUUCACUGCCAGAGUGGACAAACCCGUUAAGAAGCACCAAGUCUCCUGCCCUCCCUGAGCCCACCUGGCUGCCCCUCAGCUCUCUCCUGCUGUGCCAGCUACCUCCCUGCCCACCCCACCCCAAGGUUUUUGCCUAUUCUCCCAGUAUUUCUGCUACGGAUUGAAUAAACCUAGACAAGA